CAAAAUUAAAUAGACAAAAACGACAGGAGCAUUUAAAUUCAAUUUUGUUGUCAAAGUUACGGAAAAAUAUAUUAAAUGCAAAUUUAUAAAUAAACAAAUUAUUAAAAAAUGUUUCCUAAUCGAUUUUGUGAUAUUAAAAAAUGUGCAAAAGAAAAACCAGAAAAAUGUGACGCUUAUUUCUUAAAAUUAAUAAAUGACGAGCACAAAAGAGUGGACAAUUUAAAGAAUGAGGAAAAAUUGGCAACCGCUGAAAAUCCACGGAUAAAAUUCCAGGAAGAGACCUCCGAUAUAUGUAAAGAAUUACGAGAUUGUAAACUAAAUGAUAUAGUUGAACAAAAGCGACGGCAACAGUUGCGAGCAAACAGUCAUGAAUUGCGUCAGUUGGAAAAGCAACUUCAAUCUGCAUUGGUAACUAAACAGUUAAGAGAGCAACAGCAAAUGUUAGCCCAGCAGAAACAGGAUGAAGUACGCCGAAAACGUGAAGAAAAUGCCAAGUUUGCUGCCGAAUGUGAACUUGUGCGUAAGUCUGUACUACAACAGGAGGAGGAAGAAAAACACAAAAAGGAAGCAUUCCGUACUUUAUUAAAAAGUCAAAUGGAUGAUUUGCAACAAAAACGUCGAAAGGAAUUUGAAGAUGUCAUAAAAGAUCGCGAUAAAAUGGAAAAGCUAUUAAAACAAAUACAAACAGAUGAAAUUACAGAACGCAGGGAGGCAGAAUUACAACGUGUAAGAUGUAAGCAGGAAAUGGAAGAGUCCUAUCGCAACAGGGAACUUCAAAGACAAUUAGAAAAGGAAAGAAAUGUUGAUGAUACCGAACGCAAUUUAGCCUAUCAAAAAGAAUGUGACAAAGUAAAAGCCCAAAUUGCUGCGGAAAGAAAACGCAUUCAAAAAGAAAAGGAGGCUCUUAGUGAGCAAAUAGGACAACAGUUAGCUACACUCCAUAAGGAAAAAGAAAAGCGUGAAAAUUUGCUACUUUCUCUUUUGGUUGAAGAGCGUAAAGCCAAAGAAGAUGAACGCUACAGGGAAACCUUAAAUAAACAAUUGAAAGAACGAGAGAAAUUACGCACAGAGUUGGAAAAUUACCGCCAAGAAAUUCAAAUUCAAAGAGAAAAGAAAUUUAAAGAGGAAGAGGAGAAAUUCCGCGAAGAAAAUUUACGUUAUCUGGCUGAACGUGAUAAAUUGGAUCAACUCUCCGAUGAAAAGCGCCGUCGCAAAAAAAUGGAACAUAGUAAGGCACUAAGAGAAAUGAUUGAAUUUAGAAGGUGCCAACGAGCUAAUGAAAUAGCGCAACGGCUUGCAGAUUUUGAAAAAUUAAUAAGUGGCGAAAGAGAAAGGGAUCAACUAAUUGAAGAGGAACGCAUACGAAUGUUAAGCUCUGCGCCAAAGGAAUUAUUAAGCUAUUUGCCUUCCGGUGUUCUAAGGUCCUCUGAUAAAGAGUUUUUGACUCUACCGGGACAGAAGACGUAAUUAUUGCAGUUAUAAUUCUACUGUUGCAAAUUGCUAUAGAUAAUAUAUUUUUUAUGAUUAAAUAAAUAUAUCGUCACCUGAAACGCAAACGGCCCUAACUAACCAAAAAUUCAAAAUCGAUUUUAAUGUAUUGCAUCAAAACAAAUGUCCACACCAAAAAUUGGA